AUGGAAGCGUCAUCUCGUUUCUCCCCAGAGGGAACCAUUCUUCCGCCCCGCGCUUCAGGAUCGGUCGAAUCAGUCAAUUUGGGAAACCCCGGAUAUGCGACAGAGGCCACUGGCAAACCACAGCGCUCCGACAACGUCAUGAUCACCUUAUCGCUCACUCCCGAUCCUCCGGUCUCUCCCCCGAGUCGCCCGUCCUUUCCCCGCUCUCAUUAUCGAUCACGAUCUUUGGCGGAGGUUUCGGGUAUUCCUCCCAUGACGCGCGCUCACUCCUCGCCGGGGCUGGGCUCCAGAGGGCGAUACAUUUUCGUCAACGGUCGCGAAGCGCCGCUGAAUCUGAACGAGAAUGCCUCCCGACGAUAUCUCCCCUUGCAGGCUUCAGCGGCGGACUCCCUGGAGUCCAGAAUGGUGCCGCUGAACAUCAAAGAAACCAUCUCCGAGCACGUGGAGCUUGAUACUUCCAUGAGAUCCUCGCCGUCAGCCCACGGAGAUUUUUACACUACAUCCCCUGUGCUGUCUCACACUCUUCCCCGUGUCAACCGCCGUCGACCUUCGUCCCCUCUCCAUUUUCCCGGUGCGAUGUUGACAAGCCAACCUGUCAGCAGUCCCACCUCGAUGUAUUCUCCGUCAAUGGUUUUCGGUUCGCGGUACAACGAAACCUUCCCUGGGUAUUCUUCAUCUGUCUCGUCAGUACCGUCGACACCAACCAGCCUUCGAUCGCGCAGUCCCAGCAUAUCCUCCCUUGAAACCAUCCCCGAUAUACCUGAUGCCGAAGCUGCAGCAAUCGAAGCUGAUCGGAUUGCAGCUUUGAAAGCUGCUGCAGACAGGGCAGACGAAGCGGAAGCGGCAGCCAACGGAAACAGGCGCCGUGGUGUGUCGGACGCUGCGAAUCCUGUGGGCUCUUUCGCGACAAUGCGCGGCGGUUCCGGAACCUAUGGCGCAAGAGGCGAUAAAAGGAAGCGCUGGAGUGUCUGUGGAGCCGAACGUCGACAGGACCUUGAUCUGGAAACGAUCUGGGAGGAUUGA